AACGAAAAACAUUUGACAGUCUUCAUUUGAAAUAUAUGGGAGAAACUUGACGGUCGAACAUUAAAAUGCUUGGUCUAAAAUACGAAGUUUUAUUUACGACGUUUUUGUUACUACUUGUGGUUGAUGCAGAAAGGAGCGAGAGCACGUAUCAACUUUGCAGUACGAAUGCACAGUGUGGAAAAGAUCAGUGUUGCGCGAUGAAAGGGUUGAACAGACUCGCAUUUUGCAUGCCUGCCAAACAGCUCGGCGAUCAAUGUGUGCCAAAUUAUCUGUACGGCAGUUCUUACACUUGUGGUUGCAAACAAGGAUUGACAUGCGCACUAGUAGAAAAAAAUAGAUCUACGCUUAAAGAAAAGCAUCGCUGCGUGAAGGUUUUGCCGGAAGCCGAAGAAAUUGUGGAGGGCUCUAAUAAAUCGCCAACGAAAGACAGAUUCACAGCUACAGAGCUUAGUCGACUUCUCAAGUUAAUAAACAACAAAGCAAGAAUAAGAAAGGUAUAAAACAACAUGUUCUACAUGGAACAAAAAAAAUUACACUCAGUGCAACAACCUUCCCCAGAUGUUUAACUCUUCUCAAGUGAUGGCGUCUCACAAAGACAAAGGAAAUCACAUGUGAAGAAAAAUAGUUUGUUUGGGGUUUUUGUUCAACAAAAAGUGAAAACAUUAUUUUAAAGCAUAUUUUUCGGCAUGAACUAAGAUUCUGUUUUCAAUAUUUUUUCUGUUAUCUUGGCGCUAUGCUUUUUUCGAUGUUUUUUUUGUCUGUUACAAACACAUAGAAAGAUGAUUGUAAAAAUCCACUGUAACUCUUCAAAUUUUAUUUCUCUGGUCACCAUCUUGAAUAAGAACAUUGCGCAUGCGUACAUAAUAAUUUAAACGAUACUCGAAAUGUAAAUAUAUUACCAGAUUGUAUUAUAGUAAUUUAUUGUUUAUUAAGAGUGCAACCUAUUUACCAUAUAAGCUUUUUUCACUUCUAAAGACCUCUUUUAUGGCAAUCUUCAUUGCAACGCCUGUUGUUAAUUUUUUGUAAUCGACCCUGGGCUUUGAUCAAAACUAUAACUUUUUAUCUCGCGGGGGUAGUUUAAGAAGUGUUUUAAAAAUAAGCUUAAAAAUCAAAUCUCCUCUAAAAUAUUGACUUCUAAAAUUUUUCUUCUUCUAUGGAUUCUAUUCAAUUGAACGUUUAUUCAAUAGGCGCGAAAUACGUUGGCGUUUCGGUUCUUUACAGUGCCAGCAACAACAAAAACAACAACAAAAACUAC